AUGAUGUUGUCCUUGCUCUGGCUACUUCCGUCGGUACUCGCCGCUCAACCCUCCGCACCCGACCCCAUCUCCGCUCCGCUACGAGCCCUUGAGUUCGGGCAACUGAAUUUCCUCCAUACUACCGAUAGUCAUGGCUGGCUCGCUGGUCAUCUGCAAGAACCGUCCUACUCCGCAGACUGGGGGGACUAUGUAUCGUUUACGACACGCAUGCGGGAAAAGGCGGAAGCACAAGGACAAGAUCUACUUGUUAUAGAUACUGGUGACCGAGUUGAAGGGAACGGCCUGUAUGACUCGUCCGAGCCCAAGGGUAUCUACCUUUCAGACAUCUUCCGGCACCAGCAUAUCGACCUGUUGACAUCGGGAAACCACGAACUAUACAAGCAAAACACAUCGGAGGCUGAGCUUCUCAUCACCGUUCCUAACUUCCGGGGCAACUAUCUGGCUUCGAAUAUCGAUAUCAUUCACCCGACCACCCAAGAGCUUGUGCCUCUAGCCCCGCGGUUUAAGAAGUUUACUACUAAGAAACAAGGCAUCCGUAUAGUAGCGUUUGGGUUCCUCUUUGAUUUCAACGGAAAUUACAACAAUACUGUGGUCCAGAGAGUAUCUUCUACUAUCAAAGAGGAUUGGUUCCAAGAAGCCAUUCGGGAUAAAGAAGUGGAUCUGUUUUUGGUGAUCGGCCAUGUGCCUGUUCAUUCGCCGGAAUACCGGGCGAUCUUCAAGGAGAUUCGGGGAAUUCGCUGGGAUACUCCAAUCCAAUUCUUUGGCGGGCACCAGCACGUGCGUGACUAUGCGCAGUAUGAUUCCAAAGCCUUUGGGCUAGCGAGCGGCCGCUUCAUGGAAACUGUUGGCUUCAUGUCAAUCGAUGGCCUCGCCAGCAAAACAAGCCAUCAGUCUGCUGCUGGACCCAUCUUCAAGCGCAGAUACAUCGACAACAAUAUUUUUUCUUAUUAUCAUCACACCGGUCUUGAUCAAGAGACCUUCCCAACCGAAAAAGGUCUCAAUGUCUCCCAAUUGAUCGCCAAAGCACGGACCGACCUUCAUCUAGACCACAUCCAUGGAUGCGCUCCACAUGAUUUAUGGAUGUCGCGAGCCAAGUACCCAGAUCCCAACAGCAUCUACACCUGGCUUGAAACUGAAGUUUUGGGUGAUUUGAGGGAUGAGUCUCGUGGAGACAUACCUAGGCUAGCCAUUGUUAAUACGGGCGCUAUGAGGUUCGAUAUCUUCAAGGGGCCUUUUACCCAAGACUCGACUUUUAUUGUAUCUCCAUUCACCAGCACGUUCCGCUAUGUGAAAGAUGUCCCAUAUGACAAGGCACAACUUAUUGUCGACGUUUUGAACAGGCAGCCUCAAAUUUUAUCUACAGAUGAAUCUUCAUUGACGACCUUGGGCCCCCUCGAGCAACUUGCAUAUCUGGAAGACGUGAUUGCCCAAAAAUGGCCUUCAGCUGGCGAGCAAAUCCCCAUGUCCAGUCCGGAUCUCGUGCCCGGGUACACGACAAAAGAUGAUGCGGGCACAGAUGGUGAUGAUACCAUCCAUUCACCCAUCUCCUUUUACCGCGUGCCGAACUGUAUUCAAGCCCUCAUCCCUGCCAAUGCAUCCGAGACACCAAAGACGGUGGAUUUGGUCUACCUUGAUUUCAUUGAGAAAAAUGUGAUACUGGCCGCCAAGUUUGCUAGUCUCGAUGUCGACAUUGCAAAGGAAAGCGAUGUGUACAUGCAGAACAUGUCUCUAACAAACCUGAUUCUUGACUGGGUGAAGAAGAACUGGGAGUGUUGA